GCCCUCCGGCUCCUCCCGCCGCCGCCGCCGCUGCCGCCGCGAUGCUGCUGCUGUGGCGGUCCCGCUGCCUGGGCCGGGCGCUAGGCCGCUCGCUGCGUGCCCUCCGGCAGGGGAACUGUACUCUGGCAAGAUGCUCUCUGUCUGGUGUGGCCGGGAGCCAAGGAAUGGCUUACAUGAACAGCAGGAAGCUUGUAGUAAAUAGCUCCAGUAUCUUCACUGUCCGUUACUUCAGAACCACUGCAGUACGUAGGGAUGAUGUGGUUACAGUGAACACACCAGCCUUUGCAGAGUCAGUCACAGAAGGAGAUGUCAGGUGGGAGAAAGCUGUUGGAGACACAGUGGCAGAAGAUGAAGUGGUGUGUGAGAUUGAAACAGAUAAGACAUCAGUGCAAGUUCCAGCCCCAGCAGCUGGUGUGAUUGAAGCCCUUCUGGUACCUGAUGGUGGCAAAGUGGAAGGGGGGACACCUCUGUUCAAACUCAGGAAAACUGGAGCUGCUCCUGCCAAGGCCAAACCAGCAGCAGCCCCUCCUCCUCCUGCAGCCCCUGAACCUGUGGCUGCAGCUCCUCCUCCUCCUCCUGCUGCUGCAGCACCAAUUCCCACUACAAUGCCACCAGUGCCACCUGUGUCAACUCAGCCCAUCGACAGCAAGCCAGUGUCUGCGGUGAAGCCGGCUGCAGCCCCAGCGGCAGCCCCUCCUGGGGAGGCAGUGGCCAGCAAAGGUGCCAGAUCAGAGCAUAGGGUGAAAAUGAAUAGGAUGCGUCAGCGCAUUGCCCAGCGGCUGAAAGAGGCUCAGAACACUUGUGCCAUGCUGACCACUUUCAAUGAGAUCGACAUGAGCAACAUCCGGGAGAUGAGAGCUGUACACAAGGAUCCCUUUCUGAAAAAGCACAACCUGAAGCUAGGUUUCAUGUCAGCUUUUGUGAAAGCUGCAGCCUUUGCUCUGCAGGAUCAGCCCGUUGUGAAUGCAGUGAUUGAUGACACGACCAAAGAGAUUGUGUACAGGGACUAUGUGGACAUCAGUGUCGCCGUAGCAACUCCCCGGGGUCUUGUGGUCCCUGUUGUUAGGAAUGUAGAAAACAUGAAUUUUGCUGACAUAGAGCGUGCUAUCUACGAGCUGGGGGAGAAGGCAAGGAAGAAUGAACUGGCCAUUGAAGACAUGGAUGGUGGCACUUUCACAAUCAGCAAUGGAGGGGUUUUUGGGUCAUUAUUUGGGACACCUAUCAUUAACCCACCCCAGUCUGCCAUCUUGGGCAUGCAUGCCAUCUUUGACAGGCCUGUGGCUGUGGGAGGCAAGAUCGAGGUGCGGCCCAUGAUGUACGUGGCGCUGACGUACGACCACCGGCUGAUCGACGGCAGAGAGGCAGUGACCUUCCUGCGCAAGAUCAAGGCAGCGGUGGAGGACCCCCGCGUGCUGCUGCUCGACCUGUAGAGCAGUCACACCCCCACACGACCCACCCAGGGCAGGGCCACAGCACCAGCAAGGGCGAUGCAGGGCAUUCAGAAACUAGCAGGGCUCAUUCCAGUCUCUCUCUCUCUCCGCUGUGAUUGGGGCUGUCCCAGAGGGAAUUACGGGGAUAGCUCCUACCUCCUUUCCUUAUUCCAUUUGACAGAAGUUCAGUUUCUCUCGAGGAUUGUUUUGCAGUGGGCCAACCACUGAAUGGCACUGCCUUUCCAGAGUUGUCUCUAUGGCAACCUCUCCCUCACAGCACCAAAUUCUCACCUCUAGCUUGUCCUGUACUACUGGAAAUUGCUUGCUGCUGCUGUGCUAGGGUACCCUUCCCUGCCAUGCCAAGGCAGGUUCAGCUUUACUUUUCCUAGCACUGAGAUUCCUGAGAGGGAGGGGAGAGGAAAGGCUACUGUUCUGUCCCUGUGUUGCUUGAAAACAUUUCACUCUCAUCUGCCUUGUAAGUCUGGGUAGCCCCAGGUCACUUGCCACAGAGGUUUUGAUCAGAGCAGGGCUUGAGGUAGGUGUCAUGCCUCUGGCAGUGCCCUAGUUACACUCCCUCCACAGACAGGAAUGCAGCGGUGGCAGCUCCCCUGCUUUUCCUUGGAGAUUGUUUCUCUUCAGCCUAGUCACUGUGGCAUGAAUGUCCGUGUCAAGGUGGGUAGAGCCCAUGACCUCUGUGGAUGCAGCACUGGUCCUGAGUGGGCAACUCUUUCACCAUUACAUGCCCAAGGUGGGGUGGGGGGAGGUAGGAACCAGCCCCCAGCAGCUGUCCUUGAAUCACAGCUCACUGACAGUGGAUCUGACUGCUGGCUUCCUGCGUGCAAGGGCUUGGCCUGCUGCCAGCAGAGAGACAGCUGGGGAGGGCCAGGUCUUUAAGUGUAAUGUAUAUCCCAGCCUGCUGGUUUUGGGGGGAGGGGGGCAGUCCUUAAGCCGAUAGCGCACACAUGUACUGGGGAGUGAGGGGGUUGCUAGUGCCUGCAGAGUCUAUUACCCUCUACACGGAACUUGUAACUAAGAUAUUUAACACAGCGGAUCUUAAAUGAAAUAAAACUGGGCAAUGACUGCAAGGUGGGGGUGUGUUUGAGGGGAGAGCAGCAGCUCCAGGCUGAGGGCUUGGGCAUCAGCAGUGUCCAUAAUGCAGUAUAAGAAACUUGUUACCUGGUAGUCAGAGGAAAGGGGAAACAGGAGCUGUUCCCAUCACUAGUGGUUACUAAGUGGAGAGUGCUCUGGCUGUGAAUUGCAUUGUCCUCAAACACUGUUUGGCAAAGAGGAGGCUUUCAGGUCUGGAGAUGAUCUGUUCCUUGGUCUAGCAACAGAACUGUUAGGGACAGCAAGGAAAUCCCCAGUGUUUGCCAGAGGGCAUGAUGGUCAAGAGGGAGGCUGACCCUUCAAGUACAGCUGUGGAGCCAGGAUGGUUUCUACUUGCUACAAGAGGGGAGCGCUGUAAAUCAUGCAGGUGGGGAAAGGAGGCUGAUAAGGGUUGCAGAGGAAGAAAGGAGGCAAGAUCAAAGAAUUGUAAAGCAAAAGGUGUGGUGUUGAGAGCAUUUCUGUAGGGAACUGCCCCUGCUGGAACAGUAUGGCAGGGUUUUUCCAUCUCUGUCAUCAGCUUCAGAGAAUGAUUUGCCAUUCCCAGCUAUAAGUGGAGAAGGCAGCCCCUUGUAACAGAAAAUUGCUGCACUCAGAGCUGCCACGCUGAUGAAAGGGAGAGCAGUUCCUCGGAUUGGUUCCUGUGACUUCCUGGCAGCCAUGGACAAACUGCUGCAUGGAGCCAACUUUCCUCUGACUGUUCCUGGUUGAGGCAGAAGUUGAGAAGGAGAGGAAAAAACCCUUCCCUGUGCUGCAGAGGAAGGGUAAAGAGUCCAGCUGCUCUUGCCUAAGUAAACUGAGUGAAGGAGAACAUUGUGAUUAAAAGAAUGCUGUGAGCACCCAGCCCUCCAUGCUGGUUUAGGAUACAGAGGGCCUACCUUGACUUUGUACAGGAGGCUGGGAAGGGCAAUGCUGGUGUCCUAUCUGGAGCUGCAAUAAAGGAGGCCUUUGAACUAC